AUGCAGCAAAAAAUUCAAAGAUCACUCAUCUGUCGCUCCCAUAUGAGUCAGCCCUUAUCCGGGUGUAAUAUAUGGCUCGAUGACCUGAUCCAACUCGAGCAAUCCAGCUGCUCCCCGGAAGAUGCCAUAGAAGUGGACGACAUCGCCGAAUCAUACAUAUCCAAUUCCUAUGAACCAGUGGGAUUCAUGGAUUUGGGUGACGUUUUUGGUGAAGGAGAGAGUGUGGAGAGAACGCAUCAGGACAGCAUACAGGAUGAGAGCAGCGAAGUUACAGACCAUUUUCCCAAUCCCCUGCUUGCCUUCAAGGACGGAUACACAUUUUUGAGCCUCUUCAACUCCGACGAGAACAGUAUAUAUCAUAAGACGAACCUCUAUUAUCCAUUCAGCUCUUGGAAAGAAUGGCAAAUUUCAUCAUGGCUUCUGCGCUCGGGAUUAAGCAUGGGGAAGAUAGAUGCAUUUCUAGGCCUCGAAAUGAUCAAGGACUUAUCUUUAUCGUUCCGCUCAGCAAGAGAGUUACGGGGCCGAGCUGAAAUGUUGCCCAGUGGUCCAAGCUGGAAGUCGCAAGUGAUCACUACAACGCAUCCUACGAAGUCGCCCGUUGUUCUGUACUGGCGUGAUCCUCUUGAGUGCAUCUCAAAUAUCUUCAACCAUCCACUGUUUCACGAUCAUAUGGACUACAGCGCUCGCAGAGUAUAUACUUGUGCGCAGAAAGCCUGCCGUGUAUAUACUGAAUGGAUGACAGGAAAUAGUGCUUGGGAAAUUCAGUCUGCUUUACCUGCGGGUGCAACCCUCCUCGGCACGAUUUUAUCCUCGGACAAGACUACUAUUUCAUCAUUGACAGGCAAUCACGUCGCUCAUCCACUCCUCAUCAGCCUUGCCAAUCUACACAUGAACACACGCUCGAAAUCAUCGACCCACUCUUUUGUCCUCACUGCGCUUCUACCUGUCCCGAAGUUCGUUCACAAGAAAAAACGCAUGAAGGGUGUGUUGCAGGAUCGUCUUAUCCACCAAUGCCUUGACAUCGUGUUGCAUCCACUGAAACAGGCUGCUGAACAUGGUAUCAUGUUGUCUGAUCCCAUCGGGCGCAGUCGCUAUUGCUUUACUACCCUCGCAAGUUAUAUUGUCGAUACGCCCGAAGCAAUGAUGCUGGCGGCUGUUGGGGGGAAAACAUCUCCCGUGACGAUGGCGAUGUAUACACAGUUUGGAGACAGCUUCCGGCAUGAACCUAGGACAAGAUCGACGACUCUCGCCCAGCUCGCUGUUAUUUGCUCACAUGCUGAUCCAAAUGAUCUCGAGGCUUAUUUCCGUGAAGCCCAGAAAUUUUGCCUGAACGGUGUCGACAAGCCAUUCUGGAGCAACUGGAUAUUUGCAGAUCCUUCCCAUUUUCUUACCCCCAAAAUCCUCCACCACAUCCAUAAAGAGUUCUACGACCAUGAUGCCCAAUGGCUCAUUGUAUCCAUCGGAGAAUCUGAAAUUGAUUUUCGAUUCUCUGUUCUACAGCCCAUCACCGGGUUUCGGCACUUUCGUGAAAGGAUAUCGAAGUUGAAACAAGUCACUGUGAGUGCGGAUGCAGCGCCCCCCGGUGUCCUUGCUGCAGUACACGUGCUCAUGCAAUUCCGUUACCUUGUGCAGUCGCCGCACAUUAACGAGAACGAUCUCAAGCUUAUCUCCGGUGCACUGGACGAAUUCCAUGUGAAGAAGGACACGAUUAUUGCUGCUGGGGCUCAACAUUGUCCCCAGCAUUCACAACAGCGGCGUCACGAGCCAAUGGACUGCAGACAUCAAGACAUCACAGAGAUUAAGGACCCUGCAAGAUCUAGCAACAACAUCAACUAUGAUCCGCAGAUCUGUCGACAUCUCGACCGAGCUGACAAGUGUCAUCAAUUCGAGCUCGCCACCAACCUUUUAGAUCAUGAUCAAAGCUUGCACUCGCAAGUGCAGGAUGUCAACAUAGACCCUAAAGACGAUGUUGACACCGACACUGACGAAACUAUUGAGUGUCCGUCUAUGGUCCAUUCAUCUGGAUACUCAUGUCCCAUCACUGACUAUUUUUCUAUUGCUAGGAAGCUCCAGCAUAUGGAUUUGGUACCCUUACCUCUACGCUCAUUCGUCAUCAAACGCACCGCCUUCCAUCUUUCCUACGAUCCCGCCAUUAGGAAGGUCACUGUCGAUGAGAUUGCCGACAAGUUCGGCCUUCCUGAUCUGCGGUCAGCUAUCACUGAUUACCUUCAACGUGAGGCCACCUUUGGACAUCAAUACAUUCAUCCAAUAGGUGGUCCUAGAAGAGCCGGACAUUCUGCUAUACUUCCUUUUGACAACCUCCAAGUAUGGAUCAAAAUCCGGCUUCAAGACACAGAAUUUCAUGAUCCUCAUAGUAUUCGACCUGCUCAGACACUGAACUGCGCACCACCUGGUGGCCCCUGGAUUUUGGGUCAUUACGACACAAUCAUUGUCCAGACUGAAGCAGGGUACUCUUGGCCGACUAGCAGUCUUUCAGGUCACGCCGUAGCACAGCUUCGACUUAUCAUGCGUCCCGUGGCCAAACGUGGCACCCCUUCAACAUGGAAAGAUCAGUUCUUGACUUACGUCCAACGCUUUAACAUCUCUGGUGAUCGCGACCCAAUCACACAGCUGCAUUUGCUCAAGAGAGCAAAGCGCUCUAAUGGGACUCGCAUAGGGGAUGUUGUACCUGUCUCUUAA